AUGCAGCAUUUUCAACCAUUAAAACCAUUGGAAUACUAUGAUAUUUCUGAAAAGACUGGUUUCUUGCCCACUACACCACCAUUACGGAAAUUACCAGACCCUUAUUUUGCGCCUUGGGAGGAGAUGAUGUCAGACUUUAAUGAUUUACUAUUAGCUGGAAAAUUAAGAGAAAAAGUUCAUCAGCUCCCAUUGUUAGAUUAUCGCCGUUUGAAAACCGUCGAGGAAUAUAGACGAGCCUUUUUAAUUCUUUGUAUGUUAUCUCACAGCUAUGUCUGGGGGAAACACGAAAUCGCUUCUGAGACACUGCCUGCGAACUUGGCUGUACCUUGGAUUGAAAUUGCGGAAUAUUUAGGUGUCUGUCCAGUGGUGUGUCAUGCGGCAGUGGUACUAUGGAACUAUCGUUUGUUGGAUAAGGAGGGUCCAAUCGAGCUAAAUAACUUGGCUGCCUUGGCUACUUAUUCUGGGUCUUUGGAUGAAUCAUGGUUUUAUCUGGUCACAACGGCCAUUGAAAGUGCAGGUGCUCCUUGUUUAUCACAAAUUGUCGAUGCCAUUACAAACAUCCAGGAGGGUCACUUGGAUGGUUUACAAACGAAUCUAGAAAUUAUUCGCACGGCAUUGGCCAGUAUGAAUGACGUUUUGAAACGUAUGUACGAAAAAUGUGAUCCGUAUGUCUUCUACUGGAAAAUUCGUCCUUAUUUGGCAGGCUGGGAAAACAUGGCGGAGGCUGGCUUACCUUUGGGCCUUAUUUAUGAAGGCGCAGAAAGCUUUUGGACUGAACAGACGGAUGAAUAUGCGGAUAUAUCUCAUUUGAACGAAGCAGAGCGCUUACUCAAUCAAUACAGAAGAUACGCAGGUGGAAGUGCUGCUCAAAGCAGUUUGAUUGCUGCUUUGGAUGUCGCGUUUGGUGUCGAUCAUUAUAAAACAGGCGAGAAGCCUUCUUUUAUUAUUAAAGACGCUGAACUUGUGCCUAAUGAUCGCUAUACCAAGCUACCCCCUCCAAGUCCUGCCGAUGACAUGCACCCCACUUCUUCGGCUGCUUCUCCGCAAAAAGAAGAGCAAAGUACGUCUCCUCCACCUUACAAGCGUACAAAUAAGAAUACGUUUUUGAAAGCCAUGCGAAAGUAUAUGCCUCGUCGUCAUCGUGAAUUUUUGGAAGAUUUAGAAGAAGCCACCAAUAUCCGACCUUUUAUCAUUCAAUUAGAAGAAAAUUACAGAAAUGGAUGCUCUACAUCAGCUGAACUCAAUAUCAUACACACAUACAAUGACUGUCUUCAUCAGUUGAAACUUUUCCGCGAUAAGCAUGUUCAGAUUGUCACACUGUAUAUCGUCAACCAAGCGCGUAAAGGCCCCAACAUUCCCCAUGGCGGCUUUGCUAUUGAAAAUGCCAAUAAGAACACUUCGAAUACGGCUUCUCCUCAUAAUGACCUCUAUCCUCAAACACGUUUAGAGACGUCACCUGGCAUUCGAAAGAAUUCUAAGGCUGAUAAAGUGGCACAAAUGUUCCCUCAACUGGGAUUAGCGAGAAAAUUAGAUGCCAACGCAAAAGUUGUACGUGGCACCGGUGGGACUAAUGUGAUGCCUUUUUUGAAACAAUCUCGCGACGAAACUGCUGACAUGAAAAUAAAGCUAAACCCUGAACAAAGUGACGAAGAAGCUGAGAGUGUCAGCAGCAGUUUGGAACAAAGAUGGUCUAACUGGAUUUUCCGUCGUUAG